CGGUUUUUGUUUAUGGCAACAGUUCGCAAUAUUCUGUAAAUAUUUCGGCAUCAGUAUUUAUUAUUAUUAUUUUUUUUUAACGUUGUGCAUUUUGAGUUUGUGCGUAGAGCAUGGAGUAACUUUCUGUCUGGGCGUGCACGAAAACGGAAGAACAGUCGCCCGCGCGUGUUUGAGUCUGUCCGUGCAAGUACUCGCUUCGUUCAUGUCACAUUUCGCGCCUGAGCCUGCAUGGUAGUUCUCCUUUGCUGCCUUUCGGAGACGUAACGUUCAGGAUUGCCGAAUUCUGCCAUGGCAGCUGACGCCCCGCAGCGUGGUCCUAGGAGGAAGGACUUGAAGUACUUGUUGGAUGGUUUGCACUCAGAUGUGGAAUUUCUCGUCGGCGACUGCCCAUGCACGCGCAUCAAGGCUCACAAGCUGAUCUUGGCCAUGAGGAAUGACGUCUUCGAGACCAUGUUCUACGGCAGCAUGCCCGAAAAAGGAGAAGUUCUCAUUCCCGAUCUACAUCCAGAUGGUUUUCGCGGAUUUCUCAGCUAUCUGUACAGCCACGAGGCCAAAUUCGCCAACGUUGAGACGGCGCUCCUCACCAAAAGGGCAGCGCAGAAGUACCUGGAGCUUGACCUUGUCGGCCUGUGCACAGAGUUCGUCAGGAAGAGCAUCAAACCUCAGAACCUCUGCUUCAUUCUGGACCUCUUUACGGCUAGCCAUGAAUCCACAAAUGAGUAUGAUGACAUCAUCAAUAUAACCUUGAAAAUGAAGGCUGGUGAGGUUCUGGACUCAAAGUCUUUCCUCGCGGCCUCGGAGAGCACCAUCUUAGAGGUCUUGAAGAGAGAGAAAGUGAUCUCCGAAUAUGAGAUCCUUUGGAGCAUUCAUGCAUGGGCAUUUGGCAAGUGCUCAGCGGUAGCGAGCUUGUCGUCUGACAAACUCCUGGAAAGCUCGAUGAAACGUUUUUUGUCAGAGAUAAAGCUCCUGAGCUUGACUCCUACAGAAUUCGUUGAGGGUCCAGCAACCUGGAAGAUCUUCACAGUGGACGAGGCCUAUUGCAUUCUGAGUAAUAUCAUCAAGAGAGGGUCCAUGCCGCUGCCCGAGUUCUGCAAGGCCUAAAAACGUUCACAAGCUUGUUCAUGUCUCACUCUGUUAUGUCAAUCCUGCACGUUCUUCAGACAAGACGUGCCUGAAACUGACAAGACGUUGGUGUUCAUUUGUAAAUUUAUUAUAAUAAAUUGUAGAUACUACACACCUACCAUCCAUGCAGUCUUGUGGGACACCUUAUCCAACAAAACUGACAAUGGGAGGAGCCAAUUUAAAGUGAUGUUCUUUCCUUCUUUCCCUAUUCUAAUUUGAUAUGGAGAAUGCUUAUCUCUAAUAUUCAUUAAUAAAAAAUUCUAGUUGUAA